CACAAUCGGAAGACCCGAGAUCUCCCCGUAUCGCCUCAACCGAACAAGAACGCCUCAACGACCUGAAACCCAGAAACAUACAUACACACGAGUCCGCAAAUAUGCCGUCGGAACGCGACUACCAAAUUUCCCCCAUUGUGCAGGAAUCUGUGAUGCACAACACAAAGACCCUCUCGAACCUGCAAAGUCUCACGGCCUCUCUCUUCGGCGUUGCGGCCGGCAUCCUUGGUCUCGAAUCCUACAGCGGUUUCCUGUUUUACUUUCUCUUCUCCUUCUUAACCGUUGGCUUGUUUUACGUUCUCCGAAUCGCUCCGGAAUCAACAUCGGCAGGCUUGCCGUUUCUCGAUACGAGCCGCUACUUCAAAGGGCCAUUGGAUGUCUGGACGAGUGGGUUGUUUGGUGGGUUGCCUGGCUUCAUUCUUACCUGGACUUUAUUUUACGGUAUCGUGCGGGCUUAAUGAAUGAUACGGAGGGUUAGAAGUGGCAAUGCUGGCGUUAGGGCGCUGAGGGGAUACUACAAAGACUAAACGCAAAACGUAUUUCAUGAUAAAAACCAAAUAGCAAUGAAGCAAACACCGCUGUCACGGCGCUACAAAUAAACCAUGCGACGUCGCAACCAACACCGCCGCAUCUUCUCCAGAACCGAACAUUUGUUUCC